AUGCAGGUGAUGGAUGAGUUGGAAGAGGGCGCGGGCCUGAAGUGGGUCCGGACCACGGUAGAACUCGACGACCACAUCAUCGUCCCGAACCUUGACCCCGUUGCCAUGUCGAUCGAGCCGGACAGGACUCUCGAAGACUACUUGGCGUCUCUAUCCACACUGCCCAUGGACCACUCCCGUCCUCUCUGGGAGUUUCAUGUCCUGGACUUCCCCACCUCCGAUGCAACAGCUGCCCUUGCUUUUCGUGCACACCACUCCCUCGGGGAUGGUGCCUCGCUAUUAUCCCUUCUCAUUGCAGCCGCCGACCCGUCCAAGGUGUUGCCGACCACCGCCCCACGCCGCGUCAGCACAAUGAAAGCCUUGACACCACGCUCACCUUCAUCUACGGGCGCGGGUGUCAUGGUUGUUUUCACUGUGUGGAUCGUGUCUUUGCUUCUUCUUGUGUGGCACACAGUUGUGGAUAUAGUAUGUUUUGCUGCAACGGCCAUAUCGAUGCUACGCGACCCACCGACAUUGUUCAAAGGUCCUGGGGGCGCCGAGUUUCGACCCAAGCGCUUCGUGAACCGCAUGUUGAGCCUUGACGACAUCAAGUAUGUCAAGAGCGUCAUGUGUUGUACUGUCAAUGAUGUUUUGCUUGGAGUGACUUCUGCCGCCUUGUCUCGGUAUUAUUUCCGAAAAACAGGUGAAAGCGGCAAAAAGAACAUCAAGGUGCGAUCUACCUUUAUCGUCAACCUAAGGAAGAUGACUGGACUACAUACACUAGCUAGCAUGAUGAAAUCGGGCAAGGAGAACGACGUGAAGUGGGGAAAUCAACUUGGCUACAUGGUACUCCCUUUCCAUAUAGAAAAGCACGACGCCCCUCUCAAGUACGUCGAGAAGGCAAUGAGGAUAGCACACAGGAAGAAGAGCUCCAUGGAAUCGGUCUUCACGAACUGGAGUGCAUUGAUGAUAACGAAAAUCUUUGGUAUUAAGGUCCUCCGUCAUUUUGAUCUUAUUUUCAUCUUGUUGUUUAAGUGUUCUUUCAAUUAAUCCUCUCCAAGGGGAUUAGAUGGGAUUCCCUCUCAACCCCCCACCAAAUCGAACAAGGCUUAAAACGGUUAGCUUCAUCACGUGAUAGGUCAUAUCAUGUAUAUUCUUGCCAUACAUACCAAUGCUACUCAAUGUUAGGUCUCUAACUUGGAA